CAAAGGGCCCAUUUUUCUCUUUGUUUUUCCCCAAACACUUGAAAAAAAGAAUUCGACAAGAUCGAAAUAAAUCAAACAAAUUUUUUCCCCCAAAUUCAAGAAUCUUUGUUUAGCAACAAUGAUGGCAGCUAAAGCAAACCCAAAUUCCCCUUUUCUUUCAUCUUCAUCAUCAACCCAUUACUCUUCUUUCCCUUUUCAUCAGGUUUCUUUAAAAAAGGUUUCUUUUUUGGUUGAUUUUCAAUGUAGAAAGCUUGUUUUUGCUUGUUCUAAGAAACCCAUUCCGGGUUCUGUGAAUUUGGAUCCGAGUAUCUCGAAUUCCGGGUCCGGGUCAUCAAAGAAUGACAGUGAUGGAGCUUCAUCUUCUCCUUCCAAUGCCAUUGAUUUCCUCACUUUGUGUCAUAGUCUUAAGACCACAAAGCGGAAGGGAUGGGUAAAUCAUGCAAUAAAAGGUUCUGAAUCUAUUGCUGAUCAUAUGUAUCGUAUGUCAUUGAUGGCUCUGAUUGUUGGCGACCUUCCUGGUGUUAACAGGGAAAGGUGUAUCAAGAUGGCUAUUGUUCAUGAUAUUGCAGAAGCAAUUGUCGGAGAUAUAACUCCAUCUGAUGGUGUACCUAAGGCUGAAAAAAGCAGACUUGAGCAAGCUGCUUUGACUGAAAUGUGCAAAGUUCUUGGUGGAGGGAUGAGAGCUGAAGAGAUUAAAGAACUAUGGCAAGAGUAUGAAAACAAUGCUUCACUGGAAGCCAAUCUCGUAAAAGAUUUUGACAAGGUUGAAAUGAUUCUGCAGGCAUUGGAAUAUGAAUCAGAACAUGGAAAGGUGCUGGAUGAGUUUUUCCUUUCAACUGCAGGAAAGUUUCAAACAGAAAUAGGGAAAAGCUGGGCAGCUGAAAUCCAUUUGAGGAGAAACUCCAGAUUGGGAAACUGACUCAAAACUGAUCCCUCUUUGAAGAGCGAGAGCAUAUUGUGUUAACGUUAUCAGAGUAACAAUGCACUUAACUUUUGUUCGUUUAGCUGAAUGCUCGAAGUAAAAUUCAGGUAGGAGAUGUACUCUAGGGAGAUAUACUCUCCGUGCUACGUCCACUAAGUACAAGUAAGUUCUUUUUUGGUAGUCUUGACAUGAUGACAUCUUCACAUUGUUUUCUAAAAAUUCAGCAGCUUUUGACAUGAUGCAUUCUACUGUAUUGUGUAGAGUCAUAUGUACUCAUUUGUGACUUCAAAGUUGGAGAGAAAAAGUUGAAAAUUUGGGAAAAUACUUGAAGAAUA